UCAUUGGACAGACCGUGAGGCCUUGCCUAGACAGGUCAGACGAGGAGUAGGAGGGACAGUCCCCGUGAAUGGAGAGUUUCGGUCCAAUCAGUGGGGCGGGGGUGGGGUCUGGGUCCGACUCCUCCCCAUCUGGUGGGGACGGUCCGCUUCUAGGGUACCUGAGGCGGUAACUCACUUCUCUUUUCACCAUGGACCCAGCUCAGGCAGCCGAGCUGUCCGCAACCGUGGCUGAGAAAAUUCUGCUCUACCGAAAGGAUGAGAGCGGAUGGAAGACGUGUCGGAGCAGCAAUGAAGUUACAGUUUCUUGGAGGCCUUCUUCGGAGUUUCCUGGGAACCUGUACAAAGGAGAUGGAAUAAUAUAUGACACCCUUGAUCGCGUAUGGAAAUUCCUAGAUCCAGCAAGGAAUGCACUUCGGAUAAAAUGGGAUCAAAAUGUGAAGGAUUUUCAAGUUCUAGAAGUAAUCAAAGAUGAUCUCUUCAUAACCAGAACAAUCACACCAUCAGCUGCCAUGAAACUCAUUUCUCCUAGAGACUUUGUGGACCUGGUACUAGUCAAGAGAUAUAAUGAUGGGGCUAUAGCAUCUAAUGCUACCUAUGUGGAAUAUCCACCUUGUCCUCCUCAAUCAGGUUAUGUGAGAGGAUUUAAUCAUCCUUGUGGUUGCUUUUGUGAACCUGUUCCAGGGGAACCAAACAAGACCCGUGUUGUCAGUUUCUUUCAGACUGACCUCAGUGGCUACCUUCCCCAGACUGUGGUGGAGUCCUUUUUCCCUCACAGUAUGGCUGAAUUUUAUAAUAAUCUUCAAAAAGCAGUGAAAAAACUUCAAGUAUGACACUCUUCUCCAUGGAGAAAAAAUAUCCUAUCUAACCCAUUCAGAAACUGGAGUUGCUGGGACACAAGAGAGAUUUUGAACAGCAGAACUGUUUGGGCUUUGCUUUCUAAAUAAAAUAAAGAAGACCAAGAUCGCCAAUAGGGAUUCUGCUUUCCCUGACACCAGCCAUUGACAUAUUUCCUUAGCUCUUCCUCUUCCCCGUGGCUUUCACAAAAAAAAAGGGGGGAAAGGGAAAGAAAAGGAAUCAGAUUUUGUAAAGCCUUUAAUAUAUAUGAUAUCUUAUCUUUGUGUUUAUUGGCAUUUUUUUAUAUAUGAUUCCUGCAUAGUCUUCUGGAAGGAGUUUUGGAUUUUGAAUUAGAGGGUAUUGGUUCAAAUUUUGGUUUUGCCAUUUACUAUCAAUGUGCUAUAUUGUGAAUCUGGGCCUCAGUUUUCUCAUCUAUAAAAUAAAGGGUUUGGACUAGAUGGCAUUUAAGAUCUCUUCCAGCUCUAAAUGAAUUGAACCUAAGGGUUAAGUCUAGUAGAAUUUCACACUUCAAUGGUAAUUGCUUUAGUCAGAAAUUUUUCCCACAGUUAGAAGAACUAGGAAUUUUGAAUAAAAUAAAAGACAGAGGCUAUCUGAGAAGAUAAACCACUAUGCAGUAAACCAGAUCCUACUUUUGAGUAACAUUAGUAUACAGGAUAUUAAGAGGGAACCAAAGAUAAAAUCUGCUUGGUUUUUCAGAUUUACCAGGAUCCUGCUUUUAGAAACAGAUGCUUAGAUUUUUGUGUGUGAUGUUUAUUUUGCUGACUUUUUCCUCCUUGAUUUUCAUAGUUGGUCCUUCCUCCCAUUUGUAAUUACUCUAUAUAUGUCCUUAGUGAAUUUUAGAAGGUCUCAUAAUGUCCUUGAAAGAGCACUGAAUCUAGUCUUCUCUGGUGCACACAGCUUUCCUACUUGUCUGAAAGUCCAUUUUCAUAUUUAUAAAAAUAGGAAUAAUACCCAAAGAUUCAAUGAGAACCCAUUUGUAAAGUACUUUACAACCCUUAGGCUCUCUACAUAUAAGAUGUUGUGAGUAUUUAUUUGGUCCUCUUUUUUGUACAAAUCCCCAGUUUCCAAUAUUACUGUAGAACCUUAAAGCUGGAAGAGGCCUCAAAUGUUUGGUAUAACCCUCCCUGGAGCAACUAAUGGUUAGUCAUUCUUUUAUUGAACUACCUUAGCGAUAGGGAUCUCAUUACCUUCAGAGGAAGCCCAUUCUUUUUCUAAGCAGCUCUAAUUGUGAAGUUUGUUUCUCAUUCUGCUGAAUUUUGCCUUUCUGCAACUUUAGAAUUUUGUUUUGAUUAUCCAAAGAAAUGUCCCUAUCCCAUGUCUCAGAUUUUUGUUAUCUGCAAACUUUUUUUAUCAACUUGUUUUUUGUCCAACUUCUUUUUUUUAUAUUCUAUUUUUUUCUCAAUUAUAUGUAAAAGCAAUUUUAACCUUUUUGAGGGGUCAGAUUUUCUCCUUUUCCACCCUCGCUUCUUUUCUCCUCUCCCUGAGAUGGCAAGCAAUAUGCUAUAGAGUUUACAUGUGCAAUAAUGUAAAAAAUUUUCUAUGUUAAGUCAUUUUGAAGAAGAGAAUUUAAACAAAAAAAUGAAGUGAAAUAUAAUGUUUCAAUCUGCAUUCAGACUCCAUCAGUUUUUUCUCUGGAGGCAAAUGGCAUCUUUCAUUUCCAACUUCUAUAGAAAGCCUAGCAUGUUUAAUUGAUUGAAUCUGAUCUACUAUUAUUCAUUAUUUGAUUAUAAUCCUUAGCUUAAUUAUGCAACUCCUGAAGAGUUGUGUGUUCUAGCUGAUAUUUAUAAGGUGUUUUUUUAAACUAUGAUUUCAGAUAAAUUUGAAAAUCUAUUACAAAUGUUAUCAUAUUCAUAUAAAUAUUUGCUCUAUAGAACUAAAUCCUAUUACAUAGACUAGGACAUAGUCUUCAUAAAAGGACAAGAGAGAUUUAAAGGAGAUGGAGUAUCAUAGCCACCUUCAGAUGUUUCAAGGUUUGCCACAUGCAGGAGGUUUUUGACUCAUUGAGCAUACACUAGAGGGCAGAUGUAGUUGUCUCAAUGAAUAGAAGUUGCAAAAAGACAAAACUUAUUAACAUGAAAUGGAAUUCUCUGGGAAGUGCUGUGCUUCUCUCACUGAACAGCUUCAAACUAAAGCUGGAAAAUCCACCUGAUAGGUAUGUUGGAGGGGGGAUUCAUUUUCAGGUUUGGAGUGGACUGGAUAUGACCUCUAAGGAACCUUUCAACUAAGAGGCUAUGCUAUGAUUUCAAUUAAAAGGUAUAAGGACUAGACUUGUGAUUUCAUUCAUAUUGACCAGGAAAAAUCCCUUACCAAUGCAUAUCUGCUACUUCUUAGCAAGUUAGAGUCUUAAGAGAGUUAAGAGAUUACCCAGUGUCUGUCAGAGGCAGAAGGUCUUUCUGAUCCUAAUAGAGGCUCUCUGUAAAUUAUGCAACACUGCCUGUUUGCGUCAAUAACAAAGCCAUAUUCCAAAUCAUGACAUACCUAUUAUCUCUUAGAAGAGUAGGGAUAUAAGAUGGAAAGGGGUUAAAGGAAUUGCUGUGACUCCAGACUAGUUCAUCUAGUCAAGAUGGAAACCAAGUUUAUAAACAUUAGUCUUGAUGAGGGAGACAAGCUGGAGAAAGCAAAUGAACAGAAGAAACUGGAUCUGAUUCAGUGUAAGUCUGUCAUGUAGCUCAAAUCUUUCACUUUUGUUCUACUGGGCUGAGUUGAAUGAACAUCUACUUUUUCUCAUGUCAUUACUUGACAGUGAUGGUUGCUUAAUCUAAGCACUUCCUGGGUAAAGGGUAUGAGUGUGGAAAUUGAUGUUUGUGCUAUUAAAAUUCUGCUUUUGUUCA